CGUCUUUCGCUGGCCGCACAAAAUGAUCAGAACUGUUUAGCAAUAAGAUUGCGGAACUUAAGUGUAUUGUACCCAAAGUUACAAUAAUUUCGUCUUUAACUUUAAAUAUGUGCAUUAAUGUUUAUGAUUUAGUUUUUUUUUAAGGAGUAGAAUAAGAAAGUAAAAACUUCAACCAGCUAUAAACAGUUUCUAUUAAGAACUCGAUCAAUACCCAAAAUGGCGCAGCUUUUGCCUAUUCGAUUUCAAGAACAUCUUCAGCUUCAAAAUGUUGGAAUUAACGCUGCUAAUAUUGGUUUCUCAACACUUACAAUGGAAUCUGACAAGUUUAUUUGUGUUAGAGAAAAAGUUGGGGAACAGGCUCAAGUUGUUAUUAUUGAUAUGGCAGAUCCAAACAACCCUACACGAAGACCAAUAUCUGCUGAUUCAGCUAUAAUGAAUCCAGCUUCCAAAGUAAUUGCUCUUAAAGCUGCAAAAACUCUUCAAAUCUUUAAUAUUGAAAUGAAAAGCAAAAUGAAAGCCCAUAACUUAACUGAAGAUGUUAUUUUUUGGAAAUGGAUUUCUGUGAACACAUUAGGUUUAGUUACAGAAGCAUCAGUUUUUCAUUGGACAAUGGAAGGUGAUUCUAGCCCUGUAAAAAUGUUUGAUAGACAUCAAUCUCUUGCUGGUUGUCAAAUAAUUAACUAUAAAGUAGACCAUUCAGGCCAGUGGUUGCUGUUGGUUGGUAUAUCAGCUCAGCAAAAUCGUGUUGUUGGUGCAAUGCAAUUGUAUUCAAUUGAGAGAAAAGUUACGCAGCCAAUUGAAGGUCAUGCUGCUGUAUUUUCUCAAUUUAAAAUGGAAGGUAACGCUCAACCAUCAAAUAUUUUCUGCUUUGCAGUCAGAGGAGCUACUGCUUCAAAGCUGCACAUCAUUGAAGUGGGAACUCCACCGACUGGAAAUCAACCUUUUCCUAAAAAAGCUGAAAAUAUAUUUUUUCCACCUGAGGCUGAUAAAGACUUUCCUGUUGCUAUGCAAGCCAGUGAGAAAUAUGGUGUUUUAUAUCUUGUUACUAAAUAUGGAUAUAUUCAUUUAUAUGAUGUUGAAAGUGCUCAAUGUAUUUAUUCAAAUAGAAUUAGUGCUGAUACAAUCUUUGUGACUGCCCCUUAUGAGCCAACUGAAGGAAUAAUUGGUGUAAACAGAAAAGGACAGGUUCUCUCAGUUUCUUGCGACGAGGAAAAAAUGGUUCCUUUUUUAAUACAAGUCAAGCAGAAUGGUGAGCUAGCUCGUAGAAUGGCUGAACGCUGUAAUUUGCCAGGAGCAGAUAACUUGUUUAUUCAAACAUUUAAUGAAAAAUUUGCCAUUGGACAAUACCCAGAAGCCGCAAAGAUUGCAGCUAAAGCACCUAAGGGAAUAUUAAGAACCCCACAAACAAUCCAAAAGUUUCAACAACUACCUUCACAACCUGGUCAAACAUCUCCUUUGUUGCAGUACUUUGGUAUUUUAUUGGAUCAAGGUCAGUUAAAUAAGUAUGAAUCAGUUGAACUAUGUAGGCCAGUUUUAAUGCAAAAUCGUAAACAACUUAUGGAAAAGUGGUUGAAAGAGGACAAGCUUGACUGUAGUGAAGAACUAGGCGAUCUUGCAAAGCAGUUUGACAACACCUUAGCUUUAUCUGUUUAUUUAAGAGCUAAUGUCCCUAACAAGGUGAUAAUGUGUUUUGCAGAAACUGGUCAGUUUCAAAAAAUUGUUUUAUAUGCUAAAAAAGUUGGUUUUGAGCCAGACUAUGUUACUUUGCUCAGAAAUGUAAUGCGUGUUAAUACUGAAGCUGGUUCUCAAUUUGCAUCAAUGUUAAUACAAGAUAAUGAACCACUAGCUGAUUUAAAUCAAAUUGUAGAUGCAUUUAUGGAGUUCAAUUUAGUACAGAACUGUACAUCAUUCUUGUUGGAUGCCCUCAAAAAUAACAGACCAAGUGAAGGGCCGUUGCAGACAAGACUUUUGGAAAUGAACUUAUUAUCAGCUCCUCAGGUUGCUGAUGCUAUAUUGGGUAAUCAAAUGGUUACUCAUUAUGAUCGUGCUCAUAUUGCCCAACUUUGCGAACAAGCUGGACUUCUUCAGCGAGCUCUUGAACAUUACACAGACCCAUAUGAUAUUAAGCGAGCUAUUGUUCACACUCAUGUUCUGAAUCCUGAGUGGUUAGUUAACUAUUUUGGAACGCUGUCUGUAGAAGAUUCAAUUGAAUGUAUUAGAGCAAUGCUUACACAUAAUAUAAGACAAAAUUUACAAAUAUGUGUUCAAAUUGCUUCAAAGUAUUAUGAACAGCUGACUACAUCUGCAUUGAUUGAGUUAUUUGAAUCGUUUAAGAGUUUUGAAGGGUUGUUUUAUUUCUUAGGAUCUAUUGUAAAUUUUUCACAGGAACCUGAUGUACACUUUAAAUAUAUACAAGCUGCUUGCAAGACAGGUCAAAUGAAAGAAGUUGAACGUAUUUGUAGAGAAAGUAACUGUUAUAAUGCAGAGAGAGUGAAAAACUUUUUAAAGGAAGCUAAAUUAACAGAUCAACUUCCACUCAUAAUUGUUUGUGAUCGUUUUGAUUUUGUUCAUGAUUUAGUUUUAUAUCUUUACAAGAAUAACUUGCAGAAAUAUAUAGAAAUAUAUGUACAAAAAGUAAACCCGUCUCGUUUAUCAGUGGUUGUUGGUGGUUUGUUAGAUGUUGAUUGUAGUGAAGAUAUCAUUAAAGGUCUUAUUUUAUCAGUCAAAGGUCAAUUUUCAACUGAUGAACUUGUUGCUGAAGUUGAAAAAAGAAACCGGUUAAAAUUGUUGUUACCGUGGCUUGAGUCAAGAAUACAUGAAGGCUCCGUAGAACCAGCAACUCAUAAUGCAUUAGCAAAGAUAUAUAUUGAUGCAAAUAAUAAUCCUGAGAGAUUUUUGAGAGAGAACCACUUUUAUGACAGUUUGGUUGUUGGUAAAUAUUGUGAGAAGCGUGAUCCUCAUUUGGCUUGUGUUGCUUAUGAGCGUGGGCAGUGUGAUUUAGAAUUAAUUAAUGUUUGUAAUGUUAACUCAUUGUUUAAAAGUCUUGCAAGAUAUUUAGUUAGAAGAAGAAAUCCUGAAUUAUGGCAAGGCGUUUUAUUAGAAGACAACAAAUAUAGAAGACAGUUAAUUGAUCAGGUUGUGCAAACAGCGCUUUCUGAGACACAAGAUCCUGAAGAUGUAUCUGUUACUGUGAAGGCGUUUAUGACAGCUGAUCUACCUAAUGAGCUUAUUGAACUUCUAGAAAAGAUCGUAUUAGAAAAUUCUGUGUUUAGUGAUCAUAGAAAUCUUCAAAACUUGUUAAUUUUAACUGCCAUCAAAGCAGAUAGAACACGGGUUAUGGAAUACAUCACACGUCUAGAUAACUAUGAUGCACCUGAUAUUGCUAGUAUUGCUAUAGGUAGUGAACUAUUUGAAGAAGCAUUUGCUAUUUUCAAAAAGUUUGAUGUUAAUACAUCUGCAAUUCAAGUUCUCAUUGAAAAUAUUCAAAAUCUGGAUAGAGCUUAUGAAUUUGCUGAAAGAUGCAAUGAUCCUGCUGUGUGGAGCAUACUUGGUAAAGCUCAACUUACCCAGGGACUUGUCAAAGAAGCUAUAGAUUCUUACACUAAAGCUGAUGAUCCUUCAGAUUACAAGGAGGUUGUUGAAGCUUCUAAAAUGGCAGGAAGUUAUGAAGAUCUUGUUAAGUAUUUGCAAAUGGCACGUAAAAAAGCAAAAGAAGCAUUUAUUGAUACCGAACUAAUUUUUGCAUUUGCUCAUACUGGUCGUUUAGCUGAUUUAGAAGAAUUUGUAUCAAGUCCAAAUCAUGCUAAUAUUGGUCAAGUUGGUGAGCGAUGUUUCCAAGAAAAGAUGUUUGAGGCUGCAAAAAUUUUAUUUAAUAAUAUUUCAAACUUUGCAAGAUUAGCAUCAACACUAGUGAAUUUAGGGGCGUAUCAAGAAGCUGUUGACAGUGCUAGAAAAGCUAAUAGUACCCGAACGUGGAGAGAGGUAUGUUUCUCCUGUGUUGAUGGCAAAGAAUUUCGUCUUGCUCAAAUGUGUGGUUUAAAUAUUGUAGUUCACGCAGAUGAGUUAGAAGAUUUAAUUAAAUACUAUGAAAGUCGAGGUUACUUUGAAGAACUGAUAACACUAAUGGAAGCAGCAUUGAGUUUAGAAAGAGCUCAUAUGGGAAUGUUUACUGAACUGGCUAUUCUCUAUUCAAAAUAUAAAACAAGUAAAAUGAAAGAACAUCUUGAGUUGUUUUGGUCACGUGUUAAUAUACCAAAGGUGCUACGUGCAUGUGAACAAGCAAAUCUUUGGUCUGAACUGGUAUUUUUAUAUGACAAAUAUGAGGAAUUUGAUAACGCUGUUGUAACAAUGAUGAAGCAUCCCACUGUAGCAUGGAAAGAAGGACUUUUUAAAGAAGUUAUAACUAAAGUAGCCAAUAUAGAACUAUAUUAUAAAGCAUUACAAUUUUAUUUAGACCAUAAACCAAUGUUAAUAAAUGACUUACUAAUAGUUCUUACUCCACGAAUGGAUCAUACAAGAGGUGUAAGUUUUUUUCAAAAAGCUGGACAUCUACCUUUAGUUAAACCUUAUUUGCGUUCUGUUCAGUUUCAUAAUAAUAAAGCUAUUAAUGAGGAGUUAAAUAACUUAUUAAUUAAAGAAGAAGAUUAUAAUGGUCUUCGUGCAUCAAUUGAUGCAUUUGAUAACUUUGACAAUAUUGCUCUGGCUCAGAAGCUUGAAAGACAUGAGUUAAUAGAAUUUAGAAGAAUUGGUGCAUACUUGUAUAAAGGAAAUAACAGAUGGAAACAGAGUGUUGAGUUAUGCAAAAAAGAUCACUUAUAUAAGGAUGCUAUGCAGUUUGCUUGCGAAUCUCGUGAUCAGUCAGUUGCUGAAGACCUUCUGCAGUGGUUUUUGGAGGUUAAUAAAACAGAAUGCUUUGUUGCAACAUUGUUUAUGUGUUAUGAUUUAUUAAAACCUGAUGUUGUGUUAGAAUUAGCAUGGAAACACAAUCUAAUUGAUUUUGCAAUGCCGUACAUGAUUCAAGUUAUGCGAGAGUAUCUCACUAAGGUCGAUAAACUUGCUGAAGUAAGUGCAAAGCGAGAGGAGGAACAUAGUACUGCUCCUGAAGCUCCUAUCAUAGGAAUGGAUCAACUUAUGAUAACUAACGGUCCAGCAUUCCUGCCGCCAACUGCUAUGUACGGUAUUAAUCCUGGAAUGCCUCCUGGAAUGAUGCCGCCAGGAAUGAUCCCUCAAGCAUAUCAAACAAUGCCACCACAGUAUUAUGGAGGAAUGUAAUACAUUAGAGUACAAAGAUUAUAAAUAGUAGAUCGUAAUUUAAUUUUUUUUAUAAAUCCAAAUCCGUUAUGUAAUAUUCUGUACAGCUUAAAGAGUUUUAUCCGCAAGUGCAGUCUGAUACUACAUUAAUGCAUUUAAUAUUUCAAAUAUUCAGAUCCUGGAACCAUAAAUAGAAAGUAAUUUGUUAAUGUUUUUAAAUGUCAUUUGACAGUUAUGACUUUCGUACUAUCGAAAUAACUUUCAGUUCUUAGAUAUCUAUUAUUUUUUUAAAUCGGAAAGAUUUUUUUUUAUUCAUUUUUGUUUCAGAUUUUAUAAAUGUGUUGUUUUCUCUUUUACUUGUUUGUUGUUGUUGUUUUUUGUUUUUUUUUUUCUUUUUCCUGUUUUAAAGCGAAAAGUGCGUUAAUAUUAUUACUCCGAAUUAUUCUAGAUAGUUUUCCCAGAUUAGGCCAAUAUAGGAAUAUUUGUCAUUUUGUUUGCAGAAUUUUGGUGUCUUUAAUUUAGCUCGUAAUUUAUUAUCCUGAAUAUAAAUAUUAAGUUUAUUGGAAGUAACAUACGGAUAGUAAUUUUUCAGAAUUCAUUUGUAUAUAAUUUGCUGAAUAAUGUUUCUAGAAGA